GGUCCUUGAUCAAGGGCAGUCUCCCAGAUAAAAGCCCCCUUCACUGCUAGCCACUGCCCCAUGUGGGGCUGUCCUGUCACUGGCUGUCUGGCCCCCAGCAGGCAUGUGGCUGUGUACUCUCCUUCCUGUUCUCUUUGGCUCUCUCUCUGGGUCUGCCUUUUCUGCACCAAGAGCCUGGCUGUUGCCGAGUCAGAGGCCUCGCUUUGACCGUCCUGGAGAUGUAAUAGUGGGGGGCAGCUUUUCCAUCUUUGACCUCUCUAUUGGUCACCUGUCUGACUUCACUGCCCCACCGUCUGGACUUGUGGCUUCAGGCGUUUCCAACUGGGGCUACCGGGUGGCCCAGAGUUUCGUCUUUGCCAUCGAGGAGAUUAAUAGGAGUGCUCACUUGUUGCCCAAUGUGACACUGGGCUUCUCUAUUAGAAACUCUGGGGACUCAGUGCAUGGAGCCCUCCAUGAGACAAUGAGCUUUCUCACGAGGCAGCAGGAGCCCAUCCCCAACUACACAUGCCAGCAUGGCUCUCUUCAGGCUGCCUUGGUUGGGGACACGCGGUCAUCCCUGUCUGUCUCCAUGGCCAGACUUCUGGGACUGUACAAGUUUCCCCAGGUCAGUUACUCAUCCACACUACCCAGCCUCAGUGACAAGAUCCAGUUCCCAUCUUUCCUGCGGACACUAACUAGUGACCUCACAUCCUCCCUUGCUGUGACCCAGCUGAUAAUUCACUUUCAGUGGUCCUGGGUGAUCAUUCUGGCACAUGAUGAUGACUUUGGGCAGCAGGCCAGCUCUCUGGCCACUCAGAAGCUGAGCACAGCUGGUGUGUGCAUUGAGUUCACCUCUCAUGUUACUUCCCAUGAGUCCCUGGAGAAGAUUGAAGAGAUUGUCCAGAAGAUGCAAAAAUCCACAGCCAGGGUUGUUCUGGUUUUCCUAAGCAAUUCUAAUUUCCAGCCCAUCCUGUAUGGCUUAAUGGAUGUUCCUGUCUCAGGCCAGGUCUGGGUCAGCAAGGGCGCUCUGCACAUGGCACUGGCACUAAACAUUCCAGGAGUAUCCCAGGUAUUGCACAGCACAUUUGCCCUUCUGUAUCACAGCAGCAGGGCAAUUGGGUUCCCUGAGUUCCUUGCUCACCUGCGCCCCAGCCAGACCCCAGAAGACAUGUUUGUAAAGAAGUUCUGGGAGUUCACCUUUGAUUGUACAUGGCCCCACCAGAGCAGCACAGUGACAGAGGGUGUCCAGUUGUGCUCAGGGAAUGAGAGUCUGAAAAACAAGCAGUACCCUUUUGCAGAAGUGAGUAAAAUUGAUGCUGCUUACACAGCUGUCUACAGCAUUGCAUAUGCCCUGCAAGACAUGAUAACCCAUGGGCACCAGCAUGGGAAAGUUACAGACUCUCAGGACUUCCAGCCCUGGCAGCUGCUCCAAGCCCUCAGGAAGGUGCACUUCAAGACUCCUGAUGGAAGUGAAAUUAUAUUUGAUGCUAAUGGAGAUUUGGUGACAAAAUUUGACAUACUUCAAGGACAGAAGACCCCUGAGGGUAUAUUCCACUUGGUCCAUAUAGGCAUGAUAGACCCUCAAGUCUCUUUGGGGAGCAAAAUGAAGUUCCAUUUGAUGGAGGAUCUUCACGUGAGUUGCCUGAAUGCAGAGAUGACUCUUGUGCCCAGCUCUGUCUGCAGUGAAAGCUGCCUUCCAGGGUUCAGCCAAGUGCCCAGGCUGGGAGCCCCCCACUGCUGUUUUGAUUGCAGUCCCUGCCCAGAGGGACAGUUUGCAGACCAAAGAGACAUGAAGAGCUGUCUUCUGUGCCCCAGGGAGCAGUACUCGAGCCACAUGAGAGACCAUUGCUUGCCCAGGACAGAGAUCUUCCUGGCCUUUGAGGAACCUCUGGGAUUCAUGCUGGCUUUGGUGGCACUCUUCCUGGCUGGUCUGGCUGUCCUGGUUCUGGGAGUGUUCCUGAAGUACAGAGACAGCCCUGUGGUCAGGGCAAACAACAGAAGUCUCAGCUACUUACUCCUGCUCUCUCUUUGCCUCUGUGCCCUGUGUGCCUUGCUGUUCCUUGGGCAACCCAGUGUCUUGACGUGCCUCCUCCGUCAGACCACCUUUGCUGUGGUGUUCACGGUGGCCGUGUCCUCUGUUCUGGCCAAGACUCUCACAGUGGUCCUGGCCUUCAGGGUCACCAGGCCAGGGGACAGGAUCCGGGUAUGCCUGAGCCCUGGGGCUUCCACCUCAGUGGUCCUUAUUGCUUCCUUCAUGCAGGUUGUUCUUUGUGGAGUCUGGCUGGCCACCUCCCCACCAUUCCCAGACAGGGAUAUGGUCUCGGAGCCCCAGCACAUUGUCAUCCAGUGCCAGGAGGGUUCUGGCACCAUCUUCUUCUGUGUGCUGGGCUACUUGGGUUUCCUGGCAGUGGGUACCUUCUCUGUGGCCUUUCUGGCCAGGGGCCUGCCAGAUGUCUUCAAUGAGACUAAAUUCCUGACCUUCAGCAUGCUGCUCUUCUGCAGUGUCUGGACAGCCUUCCUGCCCCUGUAUCACAGUGCCAGGGGCAAGUCCACUGUGGCUGUAGAGAUCUUCUCCAUCCUGGCCUCCACUGCUGGCCUUCUGGGUGGCAUCUUCAUCCCCAAGUGCUACAUCAUCUUGCUGAAACCAAGGAGGAAAACUGCUGCCUGGCUCAGGCAAGGCCACCGGGCACAGCAGGAGAGGCAGAGUGAGAUGCUCCAGAGAAGGUGUGUCCCCAGAUCCACACCACAAAUCUUUAUGACCUAUUCCUCGGGGAAGUCACCAGGACCACCCUUGUGAUUUUGUCUCACUGUUUUUGUGUAGAUCAAAAGUUAUUUAAAAGGCCUAUCAAGAGCAAAGUGAGAUACUUUUAACAAAACACUCAUAAUAUCACUUGAUAGUAGGGCCAUAUAGAUGGUUAUUUACUAUUCCCUCUCUAUGUAUUGCUAAAAUUUAUCACAAUUGAGAUAGUUAGAAAAGGGAGCUGGCAAAAUGGCUCAAUGGUUAGAAGCACUUACCAUUAAGCUUGGCAACCUGGCUUUGAUACAGAGGAUCCAGAUGUUGGGAGAAGAGAGGUGACAUUACUAACUUGUGUUAUCUCUGCUUGCUUACAGAAGCACCUCCUAUUUGCAUACAAACAAAAUAUAAAUGUAAAUUGUGAAAAGGGUAAUGAAGUGAUGAUAAUCUUAAGUGUUGCUGAGGGUUUGAGGAAUUAACAGGUUGAUCGUUGAUCUCUCCUCUUUGUUUUGAGAUCAUCAGUAGUGGGGAUUGAACCUUUCACUUGCAGAUCCUGCACAGACUUAGCAUGUGAUUUAGCAAUGUCACUCAUAGAUACAUACCCAAGAAAAAUAAAAUCAUGUCUGCAAGGACUGUAAAUGAAUAUCCAGAGAUGCAUUAUUUAGGCACUAAAAGUUGAAACACUCUGAUAUUUGUUGGUUUAUGAAUGUUUGGUGUGACUUAUUCAUCCCUAGGAUGUUAUUUGGCAAUAAGAAAUAAUUGUAUAAAUGAAAUAGAAUACUGUUUAAUAUGUGGUUAUAUACUAAGAAUUUUAUACUGAGUUAAGGAAACUAGAUAAAGAAAAUAAUAUAUUUUAAUAUUUCAAUCUAUGAAGAAGCAAACCCAGAAAGACAUAUAAUAGCAUAGUGUUUUUUUGAGGUUUGUGGAGGGGACAUUGGAAGUGAGGAGUGUAGACUAAAGGGUGCACUGUUUCUUUCUGGGGUGAUGAAGGUCUAAAGUUUGUUUGGUCGGGCUGUUGAGGUGGCUCAGUGGUUCAGAGCACUCACUUCUCCUCCAGAGGCCUCAGUUUGGUGCCAGAACCCAUGCCAGGCAGCUCACAGCCACCUGUAAGUCCAGCUCCAGUGGAUACAACACCAUGGUCUCUGUGUGCACCUGCACUCAUGUGCUCAUACUACACCCCAUGCCUAAUUAAAAAAUCACUUGGUAAUGGUUGUAAGACUCCAGAAUAUGCUAAUGACCACUAAAUUGUCAUCUCCUUUUAUUUAUUUAUUUGGGACCGGCUUUUCCACAUCAACCAGGCUGACUUCAAACUUGUAGCAAUUCUCCUGCUUCAGUGUCCUGAGUGUUGGGAUUUUAGAUAUAUUCCCACACCUGGACAGUUGCAUAAAGUAAAUGUAAAUGGAUGAAUUGUAUACUGUGUGAAUUGUGUCUCAAUGAAGUUAGUUUUUUUUUUUUAAUAAAAAAUCAUCCACCAAUUACAGAAUGUGAAUUUCCAUUAUUUCCUGAUUUCUAAGAAAAAAAUCAAGUAGUCUUCAACCCAGAGAUGC